UGGUCUCAUAGAACAUAAAGAACUGAUGAAAAGGGAGAACUUGCCUUCAAUUGUCUCACGUCACGGAAAGAGUUACUUUGUUGUAGCGCGCUGAGAAUCAAGGAGGAAGAAAACAACAACAAUAAUAGUGGCUCGUGUCGACGGUCUACUGAGGCGGACAGCUUGUUUUGGUCGCUCUUUCUCCGUGGAGUGGAGACGCGCAGGGAACCUGUUUACGAGCCAAACGCAUCAAGUUUGUGCGUGAGGAGCAAAAUGCGCCGGGAUACCAUCACCCAUCCCUCUGUUCUUCCUCACGCCGGACAUACGCUCAUCGCGGGUUGUUUUCGGGCCGCGCGAUGAGAAGCGAGUCUCUGGGCAGUGGAUGAUCCCUUUAUUUGAGGAGGAUUACACUCACCAUCAAGGUUUUAUAUAUAUAUUUUUCGGUGAAACCAAUAGUGGUAUGUAAUGUGAAUGGAAUCAUGCUGUCACUACUUUAAACUAAAAACUGAUGGUUUAAAAGGGCUUCUGGUGUUGGGAAAAAUGUCCCUGUUUUGACUGUCUUCUGAGCUCUCACAAGUCCUCUGGUGGUGUUCCAUCCAACACAGCAACUGUGCAGUAACCUGAGAUGAGUUUAAAUAUUACAGCGAGUCACUAACACGGUGCCCUCGUUAUAAUAAUUUAGGCACUAUGUACAUGUAGAGGUUCUUGGACCCUCUGGAGUGUCAGCAUGUCUGUGAAAGCCGUAGCCCUCUACACUUUUUUGAGUGAAAACAAAGAGGAGAUCAGCAUCCAGGAGAAUGAAGAGUUGACUAUCUUCGAUGAAAACUCACUGGACGGCUGGUAUCUUGGGGAGAACAGUCGUGGGGAGAGGGGUCUCUUCCCCAAAACCUAUGUGGAGGUCGUUCGCACACGCUCCAACUCCAAUGUGACAGACUGCUCUAUCAGCCCUGAGGGCUCCCUGGGGAACGACUCCCCCUACUUCUCGUCCACCCCAAACACCUCGGGCCAGAUCAACGAUGAGGACUACUACGAUGAUUGGGACGACUGGGACGACGGAUCCACCGUGGUGGACGACGGUGAUCACAUCAGGACCCCCGGAGCUAACGGCUAUGCCCACCAGACCCCGACGUCAAACAACCCCAACGUACACUACAGAGCCAAGUCGGUGUCUGGACCCGACAGCAUGUCCGGCUCCAGGAAGGGCAGCAUGGUUGGCAGGAACUUGAAUAGAUUUUCCAGCUUUGUGCGCUCUGGGGUUGAGGCGUUUGUGCUUGGUGAUGUACCCAUGAUGGCUAAGAUUGCAGAAUCCUACACUAUUGAAAUGGGUCCUUUGGGACCCAAGUGGAAGGAAAACCCCAACCCUUUCAUCUGCUCAAUUGAAGAUCCCACCAAACAGACAAAGUUCAAGGGCAUCAAGACCUACAUAUCAUACAGGGUCACACCAAGUCACACCGGGCGUCCCGUCUACCGGCGCUACAAGCACUUCGACUGGUUGUACAACCGACUGCUAAACAAGUUCACUGUGAUCUCAGUCCCUCAUUUGCCUGAGAAGCAAGCAACGGGGCGCUUUGAAGAGGACUUCAUCGAGAAGCGCAAGAGGCGCCUGAUACUGUGGAUGAACCACAUGACCAGUCACCCCGUUCUCUCCCAGUACGAAGGCUUUGAGCACUUCCUCAUGUGUGCCGACGAUAAACAGUGGAAACUGGGCAAGAGGCGGGCUGAGAAGGAUGAAAUGGUGGGCGCCCAUUUCAUGCUGACUCUUCAGAUCCCCAAUGAGCACCAGGACCUUCAGGAUGUGGAGGAGCGGGUUGACAACUUUAAGACCUUCGCCAAAAAAAUGGAUGACAGCGUGAUGCAGCUCACAAAUGUGGCCUCCGAGCUGGUGAGAAAACAUCUGGGUGGAUUCCGGAAGGAGUUCCAGCGACUGGGGAACGCCUUUCAGUCCAUCAGCCAGGCGUUUAUGCUGGACCCCCCCCAUCGCUCGGACGGCCUCAACAAUGCCAUUUCCCACACCGGCCGCACCUAUGAGAACAUCGGGGAACUGUUUGCAGAGCAACCUAAGUAUGACCUCUUCCAGAUGUUGGAUAAGCUGUCCCUUUAUCAAGGCCUACUCGCCAACUUCCCGGACAUUAUUCACCUGCAGAAAGGAGCUUUUGCGAAGGUGAAGGAGAGCCAGCGGAUGAGUGACGAAGGAAAGAUGGAUCAGGGGGAAGCAGACGGCAUCCGGAAGCGCUGCCGGACUGUGGGCUUCGCCCUUCAGGCAGAAAUGAGCCACUUCCAUGAGCGGAGAGAGGUGGACUUCAAAGACAUGAUGCAGGCCUACCUCAAGGAACAGAUAGCCUUCUACCAGCGUGUUGUCCAGCAACUGGAGCGCACCCUGCGCAUGUAUGACUCUUUGUAAAGACGUCAAACUGCCUUUUGGGUCGAUGUGACCCCUCCAAACCAUCCAAACAAAAAGAGGGACAAUUAAAGACGCAGGAGUUACUGGAAUUCUGUAUAAAAGCCAGUCGGUUCUUUGCUUUGAUGGAUUCAAAGUUACCUUUUUUUUUGUUUUCCUUGAAGAUCUACUGUAUAUUUUAUAUCUGCAAUACACUUUACAAAGGCAAUGUCCCGGCCUGUUGCUUAUUUUCAUAAUUUAAGAUGUUUAUAACAGUAAAGUGAUUGUAUAGGUUUCAGAUUUAUAGUGGAUCUAUAGUUUUAUUGUUAUAUCCCAACAUUAAAGCCAGAAAACGGGUUCUGUUUUGUCCCCUUCUCUCCAGCUUUGUGCUUUCUGGCUUCUUGAGCAGAAACGCAUCAUAUCACUAAAAAUAAUUCCAAAAUGAAAGUCCAAAAUCAUUUAAACAUUCUUUUAUUUUGUGAGUGGCUCAUGAAAUAUUCUAGAUGUUGUUGAGCAGACCAAAGCAAACAGUUUUUGUUCUGAUAAACAUCUGUCUUAAAGUUAGCACCGGGACAAAAGCCUUUACUGUACAGGUCAUUUUCUUGAGGUUAUUUGGAUAAACAAUAUGCUUUAUGAGGACACGCAACGUUCAAACGUUUUUAAAGUGGAAUGUGUGUUUUGGAUGUAGCGGGGCAAGUGGUUAGAAUGAGCUGACAUUUGGGACAAGUUUGCACAUGUUUUUCUAUUGGUCAUAGUCAGUGGGUGUGUUUAUGUUGUGUAGCCAAAGGCUGUUAAUGAGCAGAGAGCUGUGCGGAUCGAUGGCCUUUUCCACUGUGGAUAAGCAGAAGUGUGUAUCUUUAUAUGCAACAGCUGGACUAAAUAAAUAAAUAAACACAAUGAAAAGUCUUUAAACCAUAAAACAA